CAGUUGGCUAAAAAAAGGAGCCAAUGACCAUUUGCUUACUUGUCCGUGAGAUCUCGUAGACCAGUAAAAAGUCGAGCGUUCAAAGUGUGGGAUUGAAGAGCAAGCGAGCGGGAAAUGCCGUCUGAAUCGGCGUCAAGUCGGCUGAUCACUAUUAGCUCUUGAAUAAGGACCAUCAUCACCUACAUCCAGUCUUACUCUCGAGUCUCGAUAAAGGCUGGUCGAAUAUCAUAUUAGAGGACGCCGUCUUGGUAUCUCACAUUGCAAAUACCGCACACUUGUCCGGCACCGAUUAGAAGGAGUCCUUUCGAUCCCAACUGCUUCUCAAAUCGAUGGACGGGUUUUGGAAUCGCAGCAGGUCAGUGCAGGCAGAGAUGAGAGCGAUGCCAAGGAUUUACAUGCUGUGGCACUCUGCGCAUUUGCUCCUGACUCUUAUGAUACUUCCCACUGUUCUCGCAAAUGGCAAGGGCACCUGCAGUUUCCAAGGGAGAGGACAGGUCGCAUCAAUCCUCGCACUUUCAACCUUUUGGGUCCAAUCUAGGUGCACCUUAACAUCUAGAGGGCACCACAGCAAGGGCUGCAUUGCAGGAUUGUGCGAUAAAGUCGGCACUGGCUGUCAACUGUGUUGUAGCCGUGGUGCCGGUGUUGGGUUUCCCCGAGAUCGGCUACAAGUUAUAAGCGAUCAGCGCUAGCCUAGGACUGUUCCGAUCAGUUAGGUAGAGUGAAGAAAAACUUGGAGCGCCGCAACGACUCGAUCGUAUCCCGGUGGACGGUCCGUUAUGACCGAAUUGAGCCUGAUUUGCUUCCGUUGGUGAAUUCGCUUCCAAGUUUCCAAGUCGAGCUCAUCGUCCUUUGAUGUUGCCAUAUCCUAGUAAUUGUAAUAAGUAGUAGGCGCUUCCAAUAGUACUGGUAGAUAACUCGUGCUUGAGGAUUCUUAAAAGAGAUCCGGGUGGCAUAUGCAUGCUGUGUAAAUUUGAAACCUUG